AUGAUCAGAGCAGCAGAGCAAUCUAUCAACAUGCAAGGGAUGCUGGAUGCAACCGGAGAGUCGACUAUGCACGUGCCAUUUCGAAAACUCACCGAGAAAAAGAAAAAAGUCCUCGACAAGAAGAAUCCAAUUCCAGGGCCAAAUCAUCCCUCCUACCUUACUAUGAUCAAGGGUGCAGUUCUGGCCCUAAACGAGAGCAAAGGUGCCAGCAAGCCGGCGAUUCUGAAGUACUUGGCUCAGCACUAUCAGCUUGGUGAAAAUCUUCCAAAGAUUAAUUCCCAUCUGUGCAUGGCACUCAGGAAGGCGCUUAAAGAAGGCAAUAUUGAGCAGGUGACAAGCGGACACGGUGCAUCUGGCAGUUUCAAAAUGACUGGCUCAUCAGCGAAGAAAACCGGUACCACAAAGAAAUUCACUGCUGCCAAGCCUGUAGUGCCAAAAGCUAAACAGGUAAUCAAGAAGAAGGCUGCUCCUGCCAAGACUGUAAACCCGAAGGUAGCAAGAAAGAUCGUGAAGAAACCGACGAUUAAGAAAACGAUCAAAAAGAAAACUGUCAAGAAACUGGCCCCUGGAGGAAAGCUACGUAUGCAGAAGAAACGUGUUGUGGGCAAAAGCAAAGCGCCUAAGGCAAAGAAGGCCUAA